ACCGAAGCUACCUAACCUCAGACGUGACGCCGAGCGAGUGCAAUUUUUGAGGUAAAGCGUUUUUGUACACAACCGUGUGUGGUGUGGUGCCCGUCUGUUUAUUUGUCCGUACAAUUGAGUUAAUAAACUGAAAUAAACGGGUCUCGUUCGAGAUGGCGGAGGAAAUCCUGAGGGAGCUGGAAGCCGCGGCGCAAAUCGUCCUGGCGCCCCCGAAUCUAAUCUCGUCAGAGCAGCGUCAAUCUGCGGAAACUGUAUUCUUAAAUUUUCGCAAAACGAAGUCGCCGUAUCAGCUGUGUCAGCAGAUUUUGGAAUUAUGCUCGGUGGAUUAUAUACUGUUCGAGACGGCCGGCUUGAUAAAGACGGCUCUGAUACACGAGUGGUCCACCCUGUCGGAGUCCGACGUCUCUUCGUUGAGGCAAUAUUUGUUGCACUACGUUAUGAGCAAGCCUACGUUAGCGCCGUACGUUAGGACGAAAAUACUCCAAGUUUUUGCAAUAAUAGUUAAGAGAGGUAGCGUGGACGACUUUGGGCAGGAGAGAAGUCGAAUAAUAGAUGAAAUAGAGAAUUUAAUUAAGAGUGGGAACUUACCAAAUCAAAUUUUGGGAUGCAAUAUUUUAGCUGCGAUAUUGCAAGAAUAUGCAACGACUGCUAAAUCAUCUGACAUAGGCUUAACGUGGGAAGUUCACUUUAAGGAGAAGAAACAGUUUGAGCAAAGCGAUAUGAAGAAGAUUUUCAAGUUUUGUAUUGAAGUGUUCGGUGAAUUAAUCAAGAAGGACUUCGACGAAUCGACAUUACCCCUCGUGAAGUCUUUACUUUCCAUUGUGGAGAGUAUGCUUGUCUGGGGAUUUAUUUAUGCAAAUUUACCCAGAAGGUUACUAAGCAUGUGCGAAGUGUAUGAAUCCGGAAAUAACCCGCCACUGAGGUUACAUACAUCGUGGCAAGACGUGAUACUAGAUCCAGCAAUAUUAGACCUAUUUUUUACACUGUAUUGGAAGGUGCGCAGCAAUCCGCAGUUGGCUCAUCACGCUAUGAAUUGUCUGAUACAACUGGCGAGCUUGCAUGGUAAAAUUCUGAAUGCGGACCAAGUGAAAGUGCAGUACCUGACGAAUUACAUGCAGAGAUUUUUGAAGCUCGUAUUAAGUAUUGAGAUUAGCGAUCAAGAGGCAAACGGAAUUACUAAUAUUAUAAGGAAGAUUAAUUAUUUCUUUCAAAGCUCAUUGAAGAGUCUUCCCGAAGAUUUGUACAAGUCAUUUAUGGAACAAAUAACAAGAUUAACAUGCCUAUUUAUAGAAUGUGCUGCGCAAGAAGAAUCGAUACGUGCUGAUGAUUGCCUAUAUAUGGAAGCUAUGGAACACAUGUUUGAAGUAUGGUCGUGCAUGUUAUGUUCAACGUAUAUAUUUCCAUCAGAUUUUUAUAAGCAGAGCUCUAUUCAGAUAUUUAAUAUAUAUCUUCGGUGUCACUUGUCAUCUCCGGAGGGUGUGAGAAACGUCGGUGGAAAAAGUCUUAGCGAGGAAGUAGCAGAUGUGGAGGAUGAUGACAAAGUUAAAUUUAAGGAGCAGUUACAAAUAAUUGGUAACUUCGGUAGAGAAGUACCAAAUCAUUCGUUACCUCUGUUAGCGCAAUUGCUUGAAAAUCGAAUACACAAAUUGCGCGAUAAUCUUAACGUACUGGUCGAACAAAAUGAAUCGUCGCGACCUGCCUCUAUGGAUGACUUGUACGAGGAUCUGCAUUGGCUCAUUUUAAUAACAGGGCACGUACUCUGCAUGGAAUCGGAGGGUGAAACUGCAUUAAUACCCCUGGACAUUACGCGAUGCAGUAUGGAACAGUCCAGAGAAGGAAACGUUGACGUGAAUCGUACGUUGGAGUUUUUAGUGUCCUCGCAAAAUGUCCAGGCUGACAUAAGCAGUCCCACGGCCUCGAUCGAUCGAGUCAUUCGAUUAAUCACGAGCAUUUUCCGUUUGUGCACCAUUGAGAAAACUGCUAUAUCGUUGCACCUGGAGAGUAUACUCAGUCCCGAGUUGACCAGCACGAUAAUAUGGUUUUUACACAGAUGGUCGGAAAUCUAUCUUCUGCCAACCGAGGACUAUUAUACCGAGUUAAGCACCACGCUUUUGCAUGCCUUUGGCGACGACAGCCCCGGCGCAUCGUGGUCGAUGAAUUUUCUUCUGGACAAGAUAAUUUGCAACAUCAACGCUUUCAAAAGCGAACCGGCGCUAAUAGACGAUACUAUAAAGUUAUUAAUAUCUCUUGUUAAUUCGCGAACGAGAACCUCCUGCUUGUCGACGUCUGAGCAGUUCACUUUUAUUAUCGAAUUGGCUACAAAAGAGCAAUAUAAUUUUCCGCCGAUUAUCAAGAGAGGUUUAAUGCGUGCGGUGGUUCAUGCCGGUAUCGUGUUACAAAAUACCGAGCAGUAUUACUGGUCGCGGAUAUUAGAACCCUUGCAGAACAGAUACAAACAAUUAAUUUCCAGUGACAACUUCAUGUCGUCCUACCACGAAGAACAGAUUAAAGUUAAAAUCAUAGAUCUACUAGAAUCUUGUAUAGGUGUGGUACUAGGUGCCGAAAGUCCGAUAGUGGCGCCCGUGUAUCAAUAUACUUUUCCGAUAUUAGCCGAACUUCCAAAAUUAUUAUCCUUGUAUCAUAAUUAUCAAGAUAUAGUGCAACUGAUAUUAGAGCUGUUCAAUGAAUAUACGAAAAUUCUAUUUUUCUUAUCAGAUGCUGAUAGUAUGCGUGUGUAUGAAUGUUGUAUGCAAAUGAUGCAAACGUAUGCUGGCUGUAACAGCCAUCGGCUUACCGUAGACUCGACCGCGGAAGAGGACAGCUUUCAGGAUAUUAUGUUACUUAUGCGAUUAUUAACUAAUUUAUUAAUUAAAGACAUAUUUAAUUUAAACCAAGAAGUAAAUCAACCAACCAACCAACUUGCAUCUGCAGCACCGGCUGCCAAACCCGUUCCGUCUACUGACGUUUUCUUAUACGGCUUAAAUAUAAUCAUGCCUAUGAUGACAAUGAAUUUAUUAAAAUUUCCGUCGUUAUGCUUGCAGUAUUUCAAAAUGAUAGCGUUCGUAUGCGAUAUGUGUCCUGAGAAAAUUUGCGACCUAUCUGUUAAACUGCUGCAGCAACUUUUAGCAUCAGUUGAAUUAGGUUUAUACUCAUUCGGUAGUGAGAUAGCUGGCCUUUGCUGUGAUACAAUUCAAGUCUUAACCAAGCAUAUUCAGAAAGAAAUUCCGCAAGGACAGCCGCGCAAAGACAUAAUGUCACCGUUUCUGAACCUACUGAUAAGUCUUAUUUUGUCAAAUCAAAUGGACUCGGAUUUGAUAACGAACGCGAAUCUGCCUCUUUAUUAUCUCAUAUGUUGCUACCAGGAGCAAUAUCAGCAACUCAUACAGAAUAUCGUAUCCACUCAAACGGAUCCACAAGUGGCACAAAGAUUAGCGAAUGCGUUCACCGCACUGACUGCGAAUAUAGACGUAAAUAUAGACUUAAAUGAUCGUCCUCAAAGAACGAGGUUCAAAGAAAAUUUCGAAAAGUUUGUUGUGAACGUACAAGGAUUCUUAAUGGUUAAGUAAAAAUAGAAAUUAAAUUAAAAUGUAAAUAAACAAAAAUAAAAGAUUUAUUUAAACAAUA